AUUAUUUGGAUACUGCUCCUCGAUACACCAAUGCGUCAUUGAUAGACAAAACCUUCUUUGUUAUCGUCAUGUCGUGUGAAACGUCUUUGAACCAGCUCUCUGCGGAGACACGUGCAAAACUACGUUCCGCACAACUCCUUACUUCCCUGCCACAAGUGGUUUCAGAGCUGCUGCAGAACUCCUUGGAUGCCAGAGCAUCUCAGGUGGAUAUUGGUGUAGACUGCGAAGAAUGGAGCUGUUGGGUGCGAGAUAAUGGUGCUGGGAUUAGCAAAAUUGGAUUGACUAUGAUUGGCAAGGGGUCGGAGGAAGGAAGAUACAAUACAUCCAAAGCAUAUACACCAGCAUCCCUAGAGUCUGUUUCGACAUUUGGCUUUCGUGGAGAAGCUCUAUCAUCAAUGGCUGAAUUAUGCUGUUUGGAAGUUUCGUCACGCACAUCUCAGUCUCGGGAAAGCUGGUCUAUCAUUCUCAAGGGUGGGAAGUCUUUGUACUCAGGUCCAUCGAUCCGGUGGCGAAGAGAAACUGCGGGAACUGUCGUAUGCGUCAGGGAUGCAUUCUUUAGCCUUCCUAUUCGUCGUCAAUCUCAUCCCUCUGCAGCUAAGACAAUAGAUGCGAUCAAGCAAGAGCUUGAGGCGUACGCUCUCAUGUUUCCCGGAGUGUCAUUCACUCUUCAAGAUGACAGCAAAUCCAGAGAAAAUGCCUCAAGCAAAGGGCACGUUCUCCGGGUUCCAAAGACCCGUUCAAUAUUGGCUGCAUUUCGACACAUGUAUGGUCGGGCACUGACCGAGCAUGUGGAAGAGAUGGAUGCUACAUUCGAAGAUCUGAAGGUGGAGGGAUUUAUGUCCCUUGUUGGAGCACGUUCGAAGCAUCCGAUAUCAUUCUGUGAUCUUCAUCGCCUAAUUGACAGUAAAUUCUCGAGUAGUACGUUCAUAAAGCAUGCGUAUGACGAAGGGGGGGAAACAAAUCUGCGAUCAUCGGUGCGCCGGUCGCCCCGAAAAGGCGAGAAGAAACCUGUCUACGUUCUAAAUUUGGUCAUACCAACGCGACUCAUUGAUAACUGCCUGGAACCAGCAAAAUCCGCAGUUCAGAUUGAGCAUAAGAACGUUGUGACAACAUUCCUCUCUUCUGUGAUAGAUUUGUUUUUGAUUCGACAUGGUUUCGCAUCCGGUAAACGCGGUGCUGAAGAAGGUUGUGAUCCCCCGCCCAAGAAGCGCAAAGUCUCAAUAGUUUCAAAUAGUGGGGCCCAAAAUAAUGUCCCUCAGCCGCCAACCAGUAGGAAGGCAGAGCCGAAGGAAGCACGGGCGGUGUUCAUUCACCCAGGGAACAUCUCCGAGGAAAUUCCGCAAACGACAAUUUGGGAAGAUCCUGCCGCGGGUGAAAUGUUCAUCGUGGAUACUCGCACUGGAAAUUCAUAUUCUCAGAAUUCGCGGCACAAGAUCGACGGAACGGACACGGCUAACGUGAACCGUGUUUCGCGAAUUUCACGUCUUCUGAGGAAAAGUCAGGAUCCUGGACAGGGCGCAUGUUCCGGCCCUACUCAUGAUAAAAUGCCCGAUUGGCUACAGGAAGCUUUGAUUGCGAACGAUGCGUAUGCUACCACGGAGCCAAGGAUUCCAUCGCUGCCGCUCUUUGCUAAUCAAGCUUCCGACGAUCAGGGAUGUGCUUUUGUUCACUCUAAUCAUCUUCGUUCAGGAUCAUCAAGCUCCGAGCACGCACGAACCAGAUUUCACAAAGGAGACUUGUUGAAGGCACAGGUCAUCAACCAGGUUGACCGCAAGUUCAUAGCCUGUUUAGUUGAUUUAGAUCAUUCUACGCAUCGGGAACAUGGGAAACCCCCAAAGAAGCUUGCGGCAGGUGGCUCAACUCUGAUCCUAAUUGACCAACACGCUGCGGAUGAACGAGUCCGAGUCGAACGCUUUCUAACAGAAAUUUGCUCUGGUUUCCUGCGACAUUGCGAGGGAACCGGGAGCGUCGAAGUUUUGGAACUGUCUCCCGCUGUACCUAUUUUACUCACACGUCAUGAAGCUUCGCGCUUGGCGACCACCGAAGUACGAUCAGCAUUCGACCGGUGGGGUAUACGCUUUGAAGGAUUGGCUAAGUUGACCUCGUUGGAAUCGGAAUGUGCGGGAGAUGAAGCAAGUGGCGGGUAUGUGCAGGUCUUCGUCAGAGCAAUACCUGCGAUUGUGGGCGACAAGUUACUCAUGAACGAUGAGUUGCGAGACCUUGUUAAAGGCUACCUGGGAACUCUCGAAAGCGAAGAAGCGUCUCCCCCUAACCUAUCGCAGCACAAAGACGCUGAUAACAUCAAGGACGACGAGUCGCGGUGGCUCAAGGCUCUUCGCUGGUGUCCACGGGAGCUUCUGGAUUUGAUCAAUUCAAAAGCAUGUCGUGGCGCGGUCAUGUUCAACGAUCCACUAUCACUGGAACAGUGUGAACGCCUUGUGAGACAUCUUGCUGCGACUGCAUUUCCCUUCCAAUGCGCCCACGGAAGACCCUCCCUCGUUCCUUUGACCCAUGUAAGUAUCAAGAGCGGCAGGCGAUCCGCGCCGGCAUUGGAUUGGACAAGGCUGAGCUGACUCAGGGCGGGCUAAACUAUCAUUAUUGUGUUCGCCUUGGAGACCUUUAUGAGAGCCGCCCAAUCUAGUCGGUAUCCUGGACACCGUUACAUACAUUGAUGAUCUCAUUGUGGUCUAAUGGACCUCGCACGAUUCCGGAAGGCGCACGUUCGCCGAAGGAAUAACGAAAAAUCGGCUCCUCAACAACUGAGGAGCCUGGCUGAUAUUUGAACUACAAUUACAACCCGACAAAUAAGCUGAUCGCGGCAAGCCCAAAAGAAAGAAAUCUGAGAGAAAAACGAUCUGCGGAUGAUAGACACUUAUCUGUGACCAUGUAGUGGUGUAGGGAGCAAAACUACUGUGGUUAGUUCUGCCGAUUAUUUGGGUUUUAUUUUAUUUUCACUAAGCUAAUGGACCGCGUGAUACCUAGCGUCGUGCGGGCGACGUGCUUUGUUUGAGUCGGACUCAAAUAUCCUCCACUCCUAGUGGGCGUGUUCGAUGUU